UUCACUGUCAUGUUUGAUGUUUCUAGCCCAUCCAAACCCUAAAACCCAGGAACAAAACCAAACCCUAGCUUUCGAUCCUCCCAUCUCCCCAUUUCGAUCUCUUCUCCUAAACCCUUGUUCUAGGACGAAUCCUCUUGUUCUCUCUUCUCAGCAGCGAUGGGCGGCAGUAGCAGCUGGCGGUCGCUGUUCCUGCGGAUCGGCGACAAGUGCACGGAGUAUGGUGGCUCCACGGACCACAAAGAGCACGUUGAUACAUGCUAUGGUGUAAUUUGGAGAGAGAUGGAGCAUUCAAAAGAAGAGAUUUUUAAGCUCUUUCUGGAAUGUGCUGAGCAAUUGCCACAUAAGAUUCCCUUCUAUGCUGUAUUGAUUGGUUUAAUAAACCUUGAAGAUGAGGACUUUGCUAAAAGAGUGGUUGAUGCAAGUCAAACCAUCUUACAGGAGGCCUUGUUUUCGGGAAAUUGUGACAGAAUUCGUAUAAUUAUGCGGUUCUUGACAGGGCUGAUGUGCAGCAAAGUUCUUCUACCUGGUUCUAUAAUUGAGGUUUUCGAGAAAUUGCUAUCAUUUGCUUCCAAGGUCGUUGAUGAUGAAGGUGAAAAUCCAUGGCAAUCAUGUGCAGACUUUUAUGUCACAUGUAUCUUAUCCUGCUUACCUUGGGGAGGUGCAGAACUAUCUGAGCAAGUUCCCGAUGAGGUUGAUAGUGUUAUGGUCCGUGUUGAGUCUUAUCUAAGCAUGAGAAGGCAUUCCGGUGAUGCUGGUUUCAGAGUUUUUGAGUUAGAUGAAGCUAAACAUUCUGACAAUAAGGAUUUUUUAGAAGAUUUAUGGGACCGGAUACAGACUCUCUCCAAAAAUGGUUGGAAAGCUGAUAGUGUGCCCAGGCCUCACCUGUCCUUUGAAGCUCAAUUGGUAGCCGGAAAGUCUCACAAUCUCUCUCCUAUAUGUUGUCCUGAGCUACCUGCAUUUUCCUCUUCCCCUUCUUCAAAUCAUAAAGCUAAGUUGAAGUAUCCUCAAAGGCUUUGCAGGCUUAAUAUAUUCCCACCAAAUAAAGCUGAGGUAUGCUUGUAGAUUAAUUUUGAUCAU